UGAUAAUCAUAGUUCUCAUUAUCAUCAGUCAUAAAGUAGCUGCGCAUCCAACGAAAUCGAAUCAUGUCGGUGCUAUUACCGCUAGAAGAAGAGAUGUAAUCCUCAAAACUUUCAGUCGGAAAAAUCUAUGACAUCUAGGAAAGUUUAUCCUACGGGAGAGAUUGUUGUUUCACUGGGUCUAUCUAGCACAUAAGGAGUCAGGAUGAAGUUGAGGCAUCUGAUACUUAUCGUGCCUCAGGUAGGCUCAUUCUUCAAUUUCAUCGCAAUGCAGAUGUUCACAGCAAAAUGGUUUGUUUACAUGGCAAUCCUGACCCUAAGCAAAGGAUCAAUCUCUAAUAAUCUAACCAGUGCAACAUCUGGUAUCUUAGACGACAUGUUGAAAAAUCACGAUGCUCGAUUGAGACCGUAUAUUAAAGGACCGCCGAUUACUGUUACGUUAAGCGCGCAAGUUGAAAGUUUAAGCUCUAUCCAGGAAGCGACAAUGGACUAUAUAGUAACGAUGUUUUUUCGGCAAGAAUGGAACGAUCCAAGGCUGACGUUUAACGACACUGAUGAGAUUACGUUGAAGGGAGAUGAUGCACACAAAGUAUGGGUACCAGAUGUAUUUUUCCCCCGUGAAAAAAACUCUCGUCUACACGAUGCCACUAUUUCAAACCGGGUCAUUUGGAUUCAGCCGUCUGGCCACGUUAUGUUGAGCAUGAGAAUUUCGCUAACGCUGGCGUGCGACAUGCAAUUACAAGACUUCCCAAUGGAUUGUCAAGUGUGUUCUUUGAAUAUCGAAAGUUGUAAGUAGGCCUAUGUUAUAAUUUCAGUCCAGUUUGAGGAUGAUGAGGAUGAUGAUGAUGAUACUGAUGAUGAUGAUGAUGAUGAUGAUGAUGGUGUUGAUGGUGGUGAUAGUGAUGAUGACAAUGAUUUAUGAGGAUUCAGAUACAUUUUAUUUGUCAUAAACAAACAUACAUGAGCGACCUAUGUUUCUACCUGGGUUAUAACACACACAAAAUACCUGGGUUAUAUCACAAAACACAAUAUAAAUAUAUUUACACUACAGUAUAUACAAUAUUAUAAGCAAUUGAAUGAGGAGAACAAAAAGGAAAAAGAAAAAAACAAACAAAAAACCAGAUAUACAGUACAAUUACCAAACGGACAGCACUGAUGAUGGUGAUGGUUGCUAUGAUGAAAAUGACGAUGACGGUGGCAAAGAUGAAUUUAAUUAGUUUACAAUAACAU